GUUUUCGUGUGCAGUUGCCGUCACAAGCAAAUAGUUUUAUUUAUUUAUUUAUAAACUAAUUUUAAAGUUCGAUUAAAACUGUUCGCAAAUUGAUGAAGAAUCGUUUAAUUAUUGUACUUGCAGCCCGCGCAAACGCCGAGUGUAGUGAGCAGUGAAAUUUAAUAUCAAAACAAAUGAACAGUAAUUCAUCAAAAUAAUACUCAAAACAAAAUUACAAGUAAAACAACGAGUGUCGCAACAGAAAUAAUGCCAUGUAAAGGCCGCAUAGUCUGCGUGGGCAUGUGUGUACUGGAUGUCAUACAUCUUGUGGAGCAAUACCCCGUCGAGGAUACCGACAAACGCUGUCUGGCUGGCUAUUGGCAGCGUGGCGGCAAUGCUUCCAAUAACUGCACUGUGCUGCGACAACUGGGCGCUCCUGAUGUCGAAUUUAUGGGCAUGCAGAGCGCCUCACCGGCAUUUAGUUUCCUUUAUGAAGACUGUCGCAAGCGUGAAAUAUGCAUAGAGAAUUGUCCCAGUACAAAUAUGGAUCCACCCUUUUCAUCGGUCAUACUCAACCAGGCAACUGGCUCGCGCACUAUUAUACAUUCGAAUCCUGGAUUUCCCUCGCUGACGUUCGAGCACUUGGCUCAGCUGAAAUUGACCAACUAUGGUUGGGUGCACUUGGAGGGCCGCAAUCCUGAGUCUAUGUUACCAUUCAUACGUGAUAUUCGCGCACACAACAAACAGCUGAAAGAUCCGAGGGGGCGUAUUAGAAUAUCGGUGGAUUUGGAAAAAAUGAAGCAUGAAAUUUUGGAGUUGGGUGAGGCCGCCGAUUGUGUGUUCCUGGGAAAGGAUUUGGCAACUUUCUUGGGUUGGAACAAACCAGAGGAAGCAGUAAUGGGUUUGUAUAACAGAUUCAAGCCUCAGCGAGGGGAGAACAACGCCAAGCCGGCAAUUGUAUGCCCAUGGGGUGCCGAUGGUGCUGCCUGUGUAGACGCGCAUGGUAAUUACGCUUUCGUGCCUUCAAAGCCGGUACAGAAGAUAGUAGAUUCGCUAGGCGCGGGCGAUACAUUCUGCGCAGCUGUCAUAUACGCGUUACACAUGCUCGAUAAGGAUUUGCAAGAGGCGGUACAGUUCGGACACGCAAUCGCUGGAUACAAAUUAGCUCAUCGCGGCUACGAUGACAUUGAAAGCUUUUCGCAAGGUCGGUAAAGUGUUUGAAAAUACUUGUAAAUUGGAAUUGUUUAGAAGGUCA